GGCUCAGUCCACUAGUUCACGCUGUUUCUCAGUGUCUUCUUUAAGGAAGUUUAUGCCACAGAUCAGCUCCGGGCUCUGUCCGGUGCCCGUCUCUCUCUCCAGGACCAUGGCUGGGGCCUGGAAAUCCGUCAUGGCCUAUUGGAAUUACCUGUUUGUCAUCCUGGUGCCAGUGCUACUGUUGCCCUUGCCCAUCAUCGUGUCCGCAAAGGAAGCCCGAUGCGCCUACGUCAUCAUCAUCAUGGCCCUUUUCUGGUGUACCGAGGCCCUGCCCCUGGCCAUCACCGCCCUGCUCCCCGUGAUCCUCUUCCCUCUCAUGGGCAUCAUGGAGUCCGAAAAGGUGUGUAUGGAGUACCUAAAGGACACCAACAUGCUCUUCAUUGGGGGGCUGCUAGUGGCCACGGCGGUGGAGCAAUGGAACCUCCAUAAACGCAUCGCCCUCCAGGUUCUUCUCAUCAUCGGGGUGCGCCCUGCCCUGCUGAUCCUGGGUUUCAUGGUCGUCACGGCCUUCCUGUCCAUGUGGAUCAGCAACACAGCCACCACGGCCAUGAUGGUGCCCAUCGCUCACGCGGUGCUGGACCAGCUCUAUAAUUCCAACAGCGGGGAGGCCGAAGAGGGGACCGUCAACCACUCCUUCGAGCUCCAGGAGCCGGUAGAGCCCACCCCGGAGAAAGGAGCCCCCAAGCAAGAUAAUGGCUUCGUGCCAGCCCCCCUCAACUCCAGUUCCCAGCUGCAGCAGCAACUGCAGCUGCAACAGCGACAGAAAAAAGAAGAGCAUUACCGCUUCUCCCAGGGGAUAAGCCUCUGCGUCUGUUACGCCGCCAGCAUUGGGGGCAUCGCCACGCUGACGGGCACCACGCCCAACCUGGUGCUUCAGGGGCAAAUUAACUCGAUCUUUCCAGACAACUCCAAUGUGGUGAAUUUUGCUUCCUGGUUCAUCUUUGCUUUCCCCACCAUGAUCAUCCUACUCCUGCUCGCCUGGAUCUGGAUUCAGGUCCUCUUUCUGGGAGUCAAUUUCCGGAAGAAUUUCAGCUGCGGCGGCAGAGAGAAGGAGAGGGAGCGGGCUGCCUUCCGCAUCAUCAAGGAGGAGCAGAGGAUGCUGGGCCCCAUGACCUUCGCUGAGGUGGCCAUCACCAUCAUCUUCGUCCUUUUGGUGCUACUGUGGUUCACCCGUGAGCCCGGCUUCAUUCCCGGCUGGGGCACCGUGGCCUUCCCCAACGAGAAAGGGGAGAGCAUGGCCACUGAUGCCACCGUGGCCAUCUUCAUCGGCGUCAUCCUCUUCAUCGUGCCAUCAGAGAUCCCGUGCUGUCUAUGUAGUAGGACCCGGAGAAGACAGCAGGAGGGAAGCCGGGAGAAAAGCCGGGCUCCCCAAGCGCUGCUCAACUGGAAGAUGGUGAACGACAAGAUGCCCUGGAACAUUGUACUGCUGCUGGGUGGGGGCUUUGCCUUGGCCAAGGGCAGUGAGGCAUCUGGCCUGUCGCUCUGGCUGGGAAACAAGCUGACACCCCUGCAGAACAUCUCCCCAUCGUCCAUCGCCCUGAUCCUGUGUCUCCUCGUGGCCACCUUCACCGAGUGCACCAGUAACGUGGCCACCACCACUCUUUUCCUCCCCAUCCUGGCCUCCUUGUCCCAAGCCAUCUGUCUCAAUCCUCUCUACGUCAUGCUGCCCUGCACCCUCUCCGCUUCCCUGGCCUUCAUGCUGCCUGUGGCCACGCCACCCAAUGCCAUCGUCUUCUCCUUUGGGCAGCUCAAGGUAUCCGACAUGGCCAAGGCAGGCUUCCUGCUGAACAUCCUCGGCGUGCUGGUAAUCUCCCUGGCCAUCAAUAGCUGGGCUUACCCCAUCUUCAGCCUGGACUCGUUUCCAUCCUGGGCCAUGAACAACGGCACAGCUCAAUGCUUUAACAAUGGAACCAACUCGACCUUGUAGCGUUGAAGCGGGCACCGAGGAGACUCGGCCCCCGGCUCUCUCUGUGCCCUCCUGGCUCCGGCCACGGCGGUCCAGGGAACGGUGCCCUUAUCCCCACCCCCAUCACCCUGGCCCGCCCACAGAGCUGAACUCAAUGGCGCCGGACAUUUCUAGCCCCUCAGUGGGCUGGCCCCUGGAGUCGGGAUGUAGGAUCCGGAAGACCACCCGCGCAUCCCAGUCGGCCCAGACUGAGCCCCGGAGAGGAGGGAGUGCCGGUUGGUUGCCCCGAGAGUGGUCUGCUUGCCCGCCUGGCAUUUGUUAAUGGUGGGAUGGGAGGAGGUGAAGGGCAAGUGGAGGGUAGGUGAUAUUUUGUGUGUGUGUGUUGUGUGUGAGCACAUCCCAGGGCGCAUGAUGUGUCUGUUUGCAUGUUUGGGUGUGAGGAGGGGAGAGUGGCUAGGUGAGUGUGAGUAUGUGGGAACCUCUUAAGGGUCAGAGGGCAUUGCGGUGGAGUGCUGGGGUCGUGUGCGUUUGUGUGUGCGUGUAUCUGUGCGUGUGUGCCUGACAGUGGACUGAAGAGGACCCACUGACUUUUGGCCAGCCCACAACGUGGGGUGGGGGGAGGUGGAGGCCUUUAGCUCGCUCGGUCCCGGCGUGACAGGUGUCCGCUGUGCCUGUGCCCUCUGCGGGCAGCACUUCGGCCCCUUCUGGAUGGCGAGAGACACCACUGGCUCCACCCCCAUCCUUUGCACUGUAUUUAUUGAAAACUCAGGGGGCCCGCGACCGGACGGGGAGGAAGCCCGGACGUUCCUCGGGGCCCGGGGGCCGGCCCAGCCCAGGCCUCCAAUGGAGCGACCUCUUCCAAGGCCACCGCAUGGCUUGGGGCCUGACGAAUUUGUGAAAUUAAAGA